AUGGCGCUGCGCUCGCGGCUGAGGGAGCUCUUCCAGGACGCGCAGCCCGGCGGCGGGCUCAUCACUGUGGAGGAGCCGCCGUCCCCCGACGGCGCCUCAUGGGUCUUGCGGUCGCCGCCGGCGUCGCCACCGCGGGGGCAGGGGCCGCUGCCGAAGGACUGCGCCGUGUUCCAGUGCCGCGGUUGCUGGGCGGUGCUGGGGGACUCGCUGCACCUCUGCGCGGAGGAGGAGCAGCGGCUCGGCCUCCUCGUCUGCUUCAAAGUCACAAACGACGUGGCCUGGGAGGAUUCGCUGAUGAUCGGCCUGGAGGGAGCCCUCCUGGGGUGUGCUUACAAUGCGUUAUCCUGUCGGUUAUGUGGCUUGACUGUGGGCUUCAUUCUUUAUUCUGCCUCCAAGGACCUGGCGUAUCUCCGAGGCUUAUUCUGUUUCUUCAAGGACAGGAUCCUCUGUUAUCUCUUAAAAAACCAAAUGAUAAUAGAAGCUUCUAAGGUGAAUUUUCCUACUGUGACCUUAAAGAAACAACUGCAGGAAGUGAAAGAAAAGCUUGUGAAGGCCCACAUUCGCAUAGAACUGCUGAUGAAAAAGCUAGAGGAACUGGAGCAAAAGAAUAAUGUGGCAGAAAGGCAGAGCUCUGCAUCAGGUGGAGAUGGCCUACUGCCAAGAUAUGCAAUAGUCAGAGUCAACUAAUAAUAUGCCAUUUUCAAAAAUUAAUGGAGUUGUUUCUGCACCUCUGCUGAAUUUGUUCAUUGUGAUGAAACAAUGAACCAGAACAGGUUUGAGUGUUAUCUGUCACUUCUAUCUGUGCAUGGAAAGAACCAAUGCUUAAGUGCAUCCCUUCAAUCCAAGGGGAACACCUGAAAAUCUGACAUACUGAAGUUAUGCUUGGAAAAAUGAAUAGCUCACCCAUGCAGCACAUCGCUCUCUGAGAUGGUAUAACUACGACUUUGUUUCUCUUUAGUGACUUCAGGGGUAAAAACAGCCUUUGAAAUACUAAAAUCAGGUUUCUGGAACCGUACAAAACGUACUAACAAGAUGAUAUUCAAGAGGAGCUAUUAUAAAUUGAACAUUCUUACAGAGAUCUAAAGUUCUUGUCCUACCUUUUCAUAUGGAUACAGUGUUAAUGGCAGCUAGCUGUUGGUCAAGUGGCUCAUUAGCUGCAGUCCGGUAUGUGAGGCACUGCUAAAUGAUUACUUCUUUUAGAUUUGCUUGUGUGCGUGGCCUGCAAAAGGAGCAAGCUAGCAUGUCACAGAAGCUGCACAGUGUGCUUAGUGCAUGCAUGUGGACAGCACAAUGCUGGCUGGAGCACAAGGUUUUGGAUUUUUAAUUUGGGCGCAACCCAUGUGCCAGCCGAGUCCUCUGGAAGUGCAGCCCCAUGACUGCACAGGACUGGGUCAAGUUCUGGCAGCUCCGUGAAGCUUAGGCUGUGAGCAACUGCCUUUAAGAGAUUUGAGCCUUUCUUUCAGGGGCUGAAGCUGUGAAACCAAGGAGCGGUCUUCUGUUCAAUCGUGGGAACACUGCUCUGCUUAAGUUGUGAUGAUCUGCUUGCUGCCUUCACUUGGCCAAUCAAGAUGUUUCAUAAAAAAUACCUAAUGGGUACUUGCUGGCAUUUC